CUUCUACAAGUACCUACUUAACGAAGAGUUUGCUCAAAAAAAAGAUAUACAUUCUUAACAUGACCUCACCAACCACCACCACCAUGAUUCAACCUACAACAGCUGCCACCAGUGGUACCCCUGCUCCCAAACCAAUUACAAAAGGGGCAGUAGACACGUCUACCACAUUAAAUCUGAAGCUGAAAUACCUCCGCCGCAUCUCCCAGCACCCAAGCCUAACACCGUACCGGCGCAGAGUGUACCGCGCUCUGCUCUCCAUCCCACCAGGCCGAUGGACCACGUACUCCGCUCUAGCGACGUAUCUGGACUCGAGCGCCCGGGCGGUCGGGAACGCGAUGCGCACGAACCCGUUUGCGCCUGAGGUGCCGUGUCAUCGGGUGUUGGCCGCGGAUCGGACGCUGGGCGGGUACAAGGGGGAGUGGCGGCGAGGGAGUAAAGAAUCCGCUGACGGGAAGUCGAAGAAGAGUAUCAUCCCUGAAUCGAAGCGGGAGAGGCAGAAGAGAAGCCUCCUCGAGGAGGAAGGGGUGCGGUUUGAUCCUGGGGGGAAGGCGUUGGGGGAGUGUUUUUCUGAGUUCGAGAUUACUACUGCUCAUUGACUUCCUUUUGAAUUAGUUGUUUGGAUAUAAUUUGAUAAUAAGUCGGUUCUCAUCAUCUAAUCUAUACAUGGGGCUGGAACCCACG